GCCUGCAUGCUGCCAUGCUUCCUACCAUGACAAUACUAGAUUAAACCUCUGAACUGUAAGUCAGCCCAAGUUAAAUGUUUUCCUUUAUAAGAAUUGCCGUGGGCAUGGUGUCUCUUCACAGCAAUAGAAACCCUAAGAUACCAGUGCUUAAGAAGGUGAAGUAGCAGGAUGGUGAGUUGCAGGCCAACACAAACAUAAAAUCUACCAAAUGUCAAAUACCAUAACUCUUAAUUUAUUCUAUCUAACCAGUUUUAUAUAGUAAGCUAUACUCUAGACCUUUGCAACAGGGAGGCUCAAAAUCCCACAUCUAGUCUGUGGUUUCAUACCCUGCAAAGUCCACCAGUACCUCUCAUCUCCCAUAUUCCAAUCUCAUAUAAGUGCUAUUCCAAUCAAGUGUAGACUAGAGGACUACCUACCAAACAUAGGGUGGGAGCUCUGCUUCAGAGAAUCGAUAGGGCAAAACUUCUACAUAAAUGUUGGAAAAGUUGAAAUGGCGUAGGAAGCCAUGUUCUCUUAGCAUCACUGGUAGAUAAGGUGUUACUAUGCACGAAGUGGCUUGUUACACUUAUCCACUCUGGCUUAGGUACACUCUUCAAACCAUAGAUAUUCUUUCUGAAAAGAUUACAAUUAUUUGGGAAGGACUUUGAUAAGUUCAUACCUAAAGUCAUUAUUAAGAACAAUGGAGAACUAUACAACAACUAGAGUAACAAGCAUCUAAUGGGCACUAUAAUCAGUAACAACAAGCAGACAUUCCUCAAGCCUAUUAAGACUAUUCCAAAAUAGAAAAUAUGCUAGUUUAUAAGCAUGUAUUAAUAAACCUAAAGUUGCUGAAAAUAUUAUUUCCUAAUAGAAUUAAAUUAACAUCAUAAAAUGUGGGAAAUAUAUAAUAAAUAUGUAGAAAAUAAAAAAUAGUCUAAAUUUUCAAAGUAAUCAAGUCAUCAGUACAAGGCCAUCCAGGACUCUAUAAGAUGCUGCUCUGGGCGGUGGUAGUAUGUGCCUUUAAUUCCAGCACUCUGGAGGCAGAGGUAGGUGGAUCUCUGUAAGUUUAAGGCCAGCCUGGUCUACAGAGUGAGUUCCAGGACAGUCAGAGAUACACAGAAAAACCCUGUUUCAAGAAAACAAAAGCAGGGCUGGAGAGAUGGCUCAGAGGUUAAGAGCACUGACUGCUCUUCCAGAGUUCCUGAGUUCAAUUCCCAGCAACCACAUGGUGGCGCACAGCCAUCUAUAAUGAGAUCUGUUGCUCUUGUCUGGCCUGCAAGCUCACAUGGAAGGAAUGUGGUAUACAUAAUAAAUGAAUAAGCCUCUAGCCGCCAUCUUGUGUCCCCGCGUGUGUGCACCUUAUCACCUUAUCUCAGCCGGUCCGCCCGAGACCCCCUGAGUGCAAACCCUAGUCCCCCUCGCGGCCCCAUUUCCACUCUGACAAGAUGAAAGAAACGAUCGUGAACCAGGAAAAACUGGCCAAGCUGCAGGUACAAGUGCGCAUUGGUGAGAAAGGAACUGCUCGCAGAAAGAAGGUGGUUCAUAGAACAGCCACAGCAGAUGAAAAAAAAAAAAAAAAAGAAAAAAAAAAAAAAAAACAACUGCAGUUCCCCUUAAAGAAGUUAGGAGUGAACAGUAUCUCUAGUAUUGAAGAGGUGAACAUGUUCACAAACCAAGGAACAGUGUUCCAUUUUAACAACCCUAAAGUUCAGGCGUCUCUGGCAGCAAACACCUUCACCGUUACAGGCCACGCCGAGACAAAGCAACUGACAGAAAUGCUUCCCAGCAUUCUAAACCAGCUUGGGGCAGACAGUCUGACUAGUUUAAGGAGACUGGCUGAAGCUCUGCCCAAACAAUCUGUGGAUGGAAAAGCAGCCCUUGCUACUGGAGAGGACGAUGAUGAUGAAGUCCCAGAUCUGGUGGAGAAUUUUGAUGAGGCUUCUAAGAAUGAGGCAAACUGAACGGAGGCGACUUCUGAAGAACUGACACUUGCAGAAGUUACAGGAGCUGCUAUUUUAUAUCAUGGCUGCUUUUUAAAGGUCUUUUGUUUAUGGAUUUGAUCAAACCUAGAUCGCUAAUAUUUUUAAGCCCAAGCCCCUUGGACACUGCAGCUCUUUUCAGUUUUUACUUAAACACAAUUCAUUCUUUGCAGCGAAUUAAGCUGAAGAAGCCUGGGAAUAAAGUUUGGAAAAGGGUUAAUAAAAUUCUUUGCCUAGAAAAAAAUAAAAAGAAAAUCAGUUUUCUUCAAUGGAAUAUAACUGGGAAUACUCAAUACAUUCCAGUGUAGGCUUCAUAACAAGCAGUAGCUGGCCAAUGCAAACCUUAUGCCAUGUGUUCAUUUUGUAUUUUCGUCUUUCUAGUAUUAAGAUUUUUUUCAGAGAGAUAGAGAAAGCAAAGAUUGAACAAGUGGGCAGGUAGAGAUGUGGGAAACAAAGGGAGUAGAAAACGUUGUUGAAGGGAGAAAUCAUGAUAAAUUUAUUUUAUGAGAAUUUUUUCAAAUUAAUCCUAGAUUAAUUUAUACCUUUAAUAGAUUAAUUAUAUCUCUAAAGGUUUGUACAUAUGAGAGGGACAUUAGCCACCCUGGCCCUUUAAGACUAUAUGUCUUGACUCUGGUUCUUUGCUCAUAAUGUGACAUUCAUCUCCGGUAGCUACGGAAACAAGAAUUUUUAAAGUCACUCUCAUACUGGGCAGUCACUAGCAUUGGCCUUCAUAGAAGGGGAGAGAGGCAAGUAUUUUAUGUUUUCUACAUGGUUUCUGUUAAAAGCUUUCAAUUUCAGGAGACAUAGAAGGUCAAAGAAGUCAAUGACCUAAGAUUCAACUCUUUGUUGAUGUCGUGUCUGUGUCAGUAAAUCCUACCGAAUAUAAGUACUGGGAAUCCCUGUGGAGCUGUGAAGGCGCUGUAGCCUGUGUUGACCUUUAUACAUUUGUAGUUUCCUGAAACUGAGGAUGUGAAUUAGACUUUCUGUGUUUUUUUCUGUUUAUAUAAUGGGGUAAUGAUUGUGUGAAUCUCAUUGGAGGGUCAGGACUAUCAGAUGGGCUAAUAUCCCUGAAGAAUAUAAAUGAGGCUUCAACUAAGCAAAGCAGAGGAAGGGGUUGGUUUGUGUGAACCAGGGGUUGAUGGUGAGACACCAUUCUGAGCUGAAAUAUCUGCCUAACAGAACUUCUUUUACUGAAGGUGAUUCAACUCUUGUGUGACUCCCUGUCUGUUCAUCAUUUCCUGCUAUUUGGAAGAUAUUUAUGAUCUCGACAUUUCUCAAAUGGAUCUCUUCCUCCUUGACAAACAAAGGUAAAAGCUUAAGAUGAGCUUCAUGGGGGGUUUCAAAUCGGAUCUUUAUGAAGCAUAAGCACCUCCUCCAUAGGUUUCAGACAUGGGCAAAACUAAAUCUUGCCAUGCUAGCUCAUUUGUCUUGCACAACAGAAUUUCCCACCCUGAUUCUGGUUGUGCUUCAAAACUCACUGAUUCUGACAUCAAAAGGCUCAGAUCUGCCUUAACAAGGAAGAGGGCAUGGGUAGGGUGUUACUCAAUUCAUACUAGAUUUUAAAGACACCUUGCUGCUAUGACUUCCCAGUUUAGUAGAGCUACUGCAUUCACCCUGUUAGGAAGUACAUUCCACAGAGAAUGUGGAAUAGUGGGAAGCUGGUAGGGAAAUUUUUGUGGCAAGGAGGUACAGUUUGUAGUGCACUCAAACCUUCUGCAUUGGAGGUGGCAAUGUUAUCAUGUACAUGCCUGAACUUUAUUUAUGCUCAAGAACACAGUGACAUCCUUCAGGGCAUAGGUAUUCAUGAACAUUAACCCUACAUCCAUUAACCCUACUUAUGAACCAAUAAGUGGUCUAAAUAAAUUGGUGCAUACAGUAAACAUAUAGUAUUAAUUUGGUGCUGGAGAAGAUAGUUUCUCACACAAGACAGUUGGGACACUUCAUAUUCAGCAAUGAAAUGAAGGUAAUUUUCUAAUGUGUAUGUUUGAGUAAGUCAUGGGAAAUGAUUGAAAUAUCCAUGAGGGCUCAUGUUUCACAUACAGAUUUUAAUUUUGGUCACAUAAUAAUAAUUCGGGUUUUCCAAUAUGUUUUCCGAUAACACAUACACUAGCAUACGCAUGUAGAAAUAUAGAAGACAAUAUAGGUGAAUUAAAUUUGUGUAAGUUCACUACCAUAAUUUAUAGAUAUUUGUGCAUUCUUCUGCUUAUACCUCCCAUUUAAACUAUUUAUCUUAUUUGUGUAUUGUAAACACUGCUUAAUUAAACGCCAUUUAACAUGUGUUGUAAAUUAUUGAGUAUUAAUUCCAAGCAUUAACAUGUUUAGUUAACAAAUCUGCACAUUUCAGCAUUUGAUAGAUAAAUAGUGAAAUCGCUAAUCAAAACCUCUUAUAGAGGGAACUUUGGCCAUAAGUAUAUUAAUUAAAUACAACUUUAUGUGACAGCAAGGACAAGGUAUGAGAACUUAUUGCUCUGUAAACCAUGACUCAUUUUGUUUUCCACUGUCCCUUGUGUUCCUGACUUGACUAUAUACUUGUUCAAUUUCAUUUUCAGACUUGCCAAUGCGAAGGAGUGCUUCUUCAAGUUUGGUGGCCUUCUUUGCUGCCUAUCAGCCUUGC